UAGUGGAACAAAAACCCCUACCCACUUCGCCCCUUUGUUGUUCGUCUCUAUCCACUCCAUUCUCCUUGUCAAUUUUCCCGCGUUGAAUUUGGAAAGACGUGGUCUUCGGUGGGAGAGAAGUAAGAGAGAAAUUCGUUAGUUGCUUGGUUGAGGAUGAUUAAUCUAUUUGAACAUCUCAUUUGGAGAGAUGAAUCGAUCCAAAUUAGUAUUGAUUUCUCAUUUACGUCAAUCCAUCAGACUCGUAAGAAAUCAAAAAGAAAGAAGACAUUGCGUUGGAAUUCAAAGAGGUUUGAUGUCCUGCUCUCCAGGAUACUUGCUUUUGCUGGGAAAAACAUGGGAUGUUCUACUUUAUCGUUCAGGUUUAUAGUUGAGCUUUAAAAACCAGAUGUUGCAGAAUUUGACAUUGCUUCUUGGACAAUGAAUAAAAACACUUUGAAUGAUGGUAAGCAACAAGUUGAUUUGGUGGAAGAUAACUUUGAUAUUACGAGUUCAAAUGUUAAGGUAGAUAGAUUUAGAAAGAACUCAAAACCCUCAGAAAGACGCUUAGAAGGUUCAGGCUCACAAGUGUACCCAUUGUCACGUUUGCCAAGUUUCCCCGUAUCAGCAGGAGAGAGCCGAAAGAGUCCGUUGAACUUGGAACGUGUUAUCUGUAGUCCUGUUAUGCCAGAGCCAUCAGCUUCGUUGAAUCAUCAUGCUGGUCAUAAGUUCCAUGAGGUGUUUCAGCUGAAACAAGGGUGCUAUGCCGAUCUUCCUGCUGCUAGUAUUUCGGAAAUGAUGAAGUCGAGUAGUUUAGAUAAUGCUCCGACUCAGUCACUUCUGAGUGUUGUGAAUGGGAUUCUUGAUGAAAGCAUUGACAGGAAGAAUGGAGAAAUACCUCAUCGUGUAGCAUGCCUGUUGAGAAAGGUGGUGCAAGAGAUCGAGCGUCGGAUAUCUGCCCAAGCAGAACAUAUACGAACUCAAAACAAUACGUAUAAAGCUCGCGAGGAAAAGUAUCAAUCGCGAAUCCGUGUACUUGAAACCCUUGCAACUGGGAGUAGUGACGAGACUCAGGUUGCUCGCUCCCUGCAGAAGGACAAGAAUCAAACAGAAGAAAGAAACAAACUUCAGGAGCAGCUUUUGGAUAGUGUAAUAAAAGAAAAGUUCAGUAAAGAUCUUGAGAUUUCAGCAUUGAAGGACGAACUGGAUGUAAUCAAGAAGAAAUAUGAGCAAUAUUUGGAAGCCCAAGCUAACAAAAAUCAACAUGAUUUAAAGGAAUCAUUAAAGUGCAACAGCGAUCUUGAAAUUUCAGCACUGAAGCAAGAACUAGAGAUAAGCAAGAAAGCUCAACAUGAGUUGGAGGAACAAUUAAAAUCUAGUCAUGAACUUGAAAUUGCAGCAUUGAAGCAAGAGCUUGAAAUAACCAAGAAGAAUAAUGAUCAAUGGUACCUGCAUUUGGAAUCACAUUCUAAGGAAGCUCAACAUAAACUGGAGGAAAGAUUAAAGUCUAAUAGUGAUCUUGAAAUUUCAGCACUGAAGCAAGAGCUGGAACUGACCAAGAAGAAAUAUGAACAACGUUGCCUGCAUAUGGAAGAACAAGCAAAGAAAACUCAAAAUGAGUGGCAGGAAACAUUGAAGGGCAGUAAAGAUCUAGAAGUAUCAAAAUUAAAGCAAGAACUUAAAAUAAACAAGGAAAAGCACGAGCAACGUUGCCAACAUUUGGAAACACUUGCGAAGGAAACUCAAAUUGAGUUAGAGAAACGGUUGAAGGAGCUUCAGUGCCUCUUAGAGGAUUCCAAAAUGAAGGAGAAAAAACUUGAGUCAGCGUCUGCAUUAAAGGCUCGGAUUUGGUAUGAGAAAGAACAUACUUAUCGGAGUUUCACAGAUUCUCUGUUCCAAGCCUUACAGGAUGUACGAUCAGCAUCCCAAGACAUCAAGCAGGAAGUUGUGAAUACACAAAUGUCAUAUACAGAAGAAUUUCACCAAUUGAGGGAAAAAUUCAAAGUACUAGCAGAUGCAGCUGAAAAUUGUAAUAAAGUUAUUGCAGAAAACAUAAAGUUACAUAACGAAAUCCAAGAUUUAAAAGGAAGCAUCAGGGUUUAUUGUCGUAUAAGACCAUCCUCUCCUGGACAGAGUGGAAAGAAGACAUGCAUUGAUUAUAUUGGUGAGAAUGGAGAGAUGUCUAUUGAAAAUCCUAAUAAACUAGGGAAAGAACGCCGCCGCAACUUCAAGUUUAACAAAGUCUUUGGUCCGUCAUCCACUCAAGAGGAGGUGUAUUUGGACACUCAACCUUUAAUACGAUCUGUACUUGAUGGGUACAAUGUCUGCAUCUUCGCAUAUGGUCAAACUGGUUCAGGAAAGACUUAUACAAUGAGUGGCCCCAAUAAUGCAUCUAAAGAUGAAUGGGGGGUCAACUACAGAGCUCUAAAUGACCUCUUCGAUAUCUCUUGGAAAAGGAGAAGCACUUUUUCAUAUGAAAUUUCGGUUCAAAUGGUUGAAAUAUAUAAUGAACAAGUUCGGGAUUUGCUUUCCGAAGGUUCACAUAAAAGACUUGAGAUACGUUCUAGUGUUACUCAACAGAAUGGACUAGCUGUUCCUGGCGCUAGCAUGCAUACAGUCCAAUCAACUGCUGAUGUCUUGGAGUUGAUGCAUAUUGGGUUGAAUAACCGGGCUGUAAGUGCCACUGCAAUGAAUGAAAGAAGUAGUAGAUCCCACAGUAUUGUAACAGUUCAUGUGCAAGCAAAGGACUUGAAGAGUGGUUCUGCUUUUCGGGGUAGUCUUCAUUUGGUAGAUCUUGCUGGGAGUGAAAGAAUUGAUCGGUCUGAGGUAACUGGUGACAGGCUAAAGGAAGCACAACAUAUAAACAAAUCACUUUCUUCGCUUGGAGAUGUCAUUUUUGCAUUGGCACAAAAGAGCCCUCAUGUACCAUAUAGAAAUAGCAAGCUAACUCAAGUUCUUCAGAAUUCUCUAGGUGGCCAGGCAAAGACUCUAAUGUUUGUCCAGCUUAAUCCAAAACCUGAUUCGUAUUCUGAGACUUUGAGUACUUUGAAGUUUGCUGAGAGGGUGUCUGGAGUUGAGCUUGGUGCUGCACAGAGCAACAAAGAGGGCAAGGAUGUUAGGGAAUUAAUGGAACAGGUGGCAUCUCUUAAGGAUACGAUAGCAAAGAAAGAUGAGGAGAUUGAACAUUUACAACUGCUUAAAGAUUUGAGUAAUGCAGUUCCCAGUUCCAAUAGUGAGAGAAAAGCUAGUGCUGGUGGUGGGGUAGCAGUACAACAUGGGAACAGACUGUUAGGUGAGAAAGGCUUGGCACUACCUGAUCGAAGUGAUAAAGCAGCUUAUUCAUCUGACCAGGAGAACAAUGACUUGGACCAUGCUGAUUCUCACCACUCAAUGGAAGCAGAUCAUGCUGAGGAGAAGACAAGUGAUCCAACUGGAAUGGAUGCUGAUGGCUCAACACCCAAGAGCCCUGUCGGUGAUUCGCAAUUACCAGCAGAUAGCAUAGAGAAUCCUGAAGGACCAUCUAGAAUUCGUGUAAAGCAGACACAAACAACAUCACCAAUGGCACGGGCGUCCUCUUCGGCAGCACUGUCUCGGGUAUCAUCACCAAGGGAUUCUCCACUGAAAGUGUCAAAAAGUUCCAGCAAAAUAGUUGCCACAGCUUCUUCAACCAAGAACAAAGGGUGGAAGUAAAGUAAAAGCUUUUUUAUGACUAUUCACCUGAUUUCGCUCAAGCUCAAAUAUUGGUCCAUUAGUUGGUAUUUCUUGUGUGUACAUAGACAUCCCUAGUAAGAAUCAUCCUCGUUUACAACUCCAAGUCCUUCCUGCAACUCUAUGCUAGAGUUAAUGAUGCAUCCCUAAACCGGGGUUCCUUUAAAAAUUAGUUGGGGGCUCAUUAGAACGCAGUUUGGUUUCCAAGCAUUGGGCAGAAGCACUUAUUGUAGACCUUUGAUCGGGUACAUAAUGAAUAAUAUUUGGCGUUUGUUCUAUCCUUGUGAA